AAACACACACCGUCUCUUGGCGAACAUGGCGGCAACUUGACAACGGCAGCGAGAUGAAGACGGUGAGGGCUUGAAAAAGAAAAAGAGGUCUGUAACAGGCUGAAGGCCCCUCCGCCGACACACAGGCAGACCGCUCCGCCAUGUUGGAAGAGGAUAGCGCCCUUGUCCCUGCUCGACCGAGGCGCGUCGGUGAGUGUUUCUAAAGACGGAGUCGAGGCUGCGCAGAGGAGCGGAGCGGCGCGGCGCGGCGGCGGAGCUCAGGGCGGACAGCGGCUUCACCGGUCAGCCAUGGAGGAUGCGGCCCGUGGUCGCCAGCGUCUGAUUUUCCACCCGGCCCACGCGCAUUUUGAUGGGAAUUACCGCUGAACGCACAAGGCAAGCCGGGACAACCCACCACCUGACCCCCACGUCAAUGACUGUUGCGGCAGAGGAGCCCCCACGGUGGAGUCGGCCGGUUCCCAAAAUAUGACCAGGGGUGCUGGGACGUGUUGGCAGCAAGAAGAUGACGACGGCUUCCAAAUCUGGCUAGAGCCCCCACGCGACAACCAAAAGCCAUUCACCGACUCCGAGAGGGCGCAGAGAUGGCGACUGUCCUUGGCAUCCCUCUUGUUCUUAACCAUCCUCCUCUCUGAUCACCUGUGGUUCUGCGCCGAGGCCCGGACCCGGGUCAAGCUCGCACCCUCCCACCUCCUGUCACCCCAGACCCACUCAGCACACAGCAGCCUCAGAGGAAACCCAGCUAUUUUUAUAGGAAACUCCACCAAACAUCUGUGGCGGCUCGAAACUUGCCACCCGGAUAGUUCAUCUAAAGACUGCUUCACGCUCGCGAACGCCGACGAUUUGUGCGAGGGCCUCUCCGACAAAGAGGGCACGCGGGCUGUAAAUAUGAGCGAUUUGUACCUUUCCUUUUGUAACUCCUACUCUCUGCUGGAUCUGUUCUACGGGUCGACGAGUCCGGACAAUCUGAACUGCAGCCUGGAGUUGCUCACCGACGACACCAACAGAUGCAGCGAGUGCGUCCAGGCGUACCUGCGCUACGACCAGCACGCGCAGGAGAAGUACGAGGACUUUGAGCUCCUCACUCAGAAAUACGAGCCGGGGGCUUACUCAGUGAGGACGUGCAUGGAGCAGUGCAAGACGGCCUACAAGCCCUGGCUGUGCGCUCAGUAUUUCCCCACCACCCCGCAUUCCUGUGAGAAGAGGGUACCCUGCCACCAGUACUGCCUGGAGGUCCAGCAGAGCUGUCCGUUCAUCCUCCCUGAUAACGACGACCUGAUCCACGGCGGGAGCCCCAGCUUCAUCUGCACAGGGCUUUUGGGAGAACAUCUAUCAGACAGUGAGGCGGAGUGCUGCGAUGUCCGAUGGGACUCCAAAAUGGACAACCCUUCAGGCGAGACACUAAAAAGGACUGCAUCUUCCUGCCAGCCCGAGGGGGCCUCAGUCACCUCAGCUGCCAACCCGAGACUGUGCAGCGGGCGACUGAAGAUCUGCCUGCUGGCCCUUGUCCUCCUACACACUGUCAUCAUCAUUUCAGCCUCCCAUAAUUCCACGUUGGUGGGCGUGGCUGCCAUUUUCUCGCCUGAGGAGAGCGCUUCUAAUGAGGAGUGAACCUCGGGGUUGAAUCUGGUGCUUGUAAAAGAGUGAUGUCGCUCUGGAGGAUUACGGCUUUUACAAUGUCAUGGCUGCCAGGGACACAUCUGGCGAGACAUGCGGGAAAUGCCUCUACAAUCUGACGCCGAUGAACCAACAACCACAGGAAGUGGGAGGGUUUUAAAUGGAGCUAAGGGUGCUGGGAUUGGACAUUGACCAAACCGAGAUGUUUGAGAACCACCCCCCUAAAGAACUGACCUCUUGCCACUUGAAACCUGCUCAUUGUUUCUAUUCCAUCCAAAUGUUUUUCGAGCAUAUUGUCCCACCUCUCCUUCUCUUCCUCCCUUCCCUCCCUCCCUCCCUCCCUCCCUUCCCUCCCUGACGUUUUUCGGUGUGUGUAUGGAUGGCAGAGGGAAAAAAAACGGACAUUGAUGAAGUGUGCACUCUCACUCAUCAUUACCUUUAGAUUUUUGCUGCAUUUAUUUCAGGUGCCAGAAUGUUUUGACAUAUCAACUGUGUUCCACUUCCUACUCUCCAUCCCCCUUUGAGGUAUCUUCUUACUACCUUGUAUGUGUUGCUUGAGGGCCUGCCAGGACCAGCUGAUCCAUCACCAUUCAUGUGGGUCUUGUUUCUCUGAAAACAAACGGAUGUGAUUCUCCAAUAUUCUAAUGUUAUGCUUGUGUUUUGUCCCACUAGAGCUUAUUUUUAAUCCCCUUUCGACGGUACAUGCCUACACAUUUUAGGACCUUAAGUGCUCUGAGACCGGCUCGCUCUCGCUCCUAACUUGUUGGGCCAUUGAGCAAGUUAGAAGCGAUGAAGUGGCGAACAUAGCCAAGGUUGAGGUAACGACGACGAGACGUUACAGGAGUCGUUGGCGAGUUUGCUACCAUGUGGAACACCGCGGUGUUCUCUGGUUUCAAAAGUGUUCCGUUUACCUCAUACGGUAGUGUCGGUGUUGCAGAUAGGCAGCCCGUCGGCUCGUCUGAACGCCGCAGAAUAAAAACAUAGAGUAGAGUAGUCGUACGUGAGACUGCAGGGACAACCCAGGGACACUAGAGAACAGCUGCAUGAUGCCAAAACUCCAGGGACCUCAUUUAUCAACUGUGUGUGAGCUUGUCAACGCACAGAACUCAAAUCUCCUCAUAGACUUCCAAACACUAUGCUGUCAACAUGUGGGGCUAAGCUGAACUUCUGAGGGCUGUCUUUGACGUUAGCUGUAGCUUGGGGGGAAAAAAAAUCGUAGCCACAUCAUUUUAUCACUUAGCUUGCUUAGCUUAAACGGAAAACUAUCGCUAGUGUAUGUUUGCCUUCACACGUACCUCCCGGGUUAUUGCCGUGUGAUAUGUUUGAAGGUCAUGGUUACACAAAUGAGUCUUCAACCACAUCCUUUGAAACUGUCAUCAAAGAUGGACAGCUAAAAUCCAAACACACACCUCUAGUUUGUUUUCAGUUGACUAUCGUUAGCUAGUGUUUGGGGCGUAUACAUGUGUGUAAAUGAGCUCACAUGUCCUUUUCCUAACGAAAGUCCCUCUGACAACUUGUCCUACACUCGGUUCUUUAUAAAUGAGGUCCCAGAUCUUCGUGUGCCUCUCUGCUGCGUACGCCCAGUGAGGCAGAUACUGGAGCAAUAUAGAAUAAACAGCUAGCCUUAGUGUCCCACUUUGUGGCAUCUUCACUCCUGUCAGCUGGCUUUUUUUUCUGCAUUGUGGAAUUAAGAAGGGGGGUAGUGGGGGUGGGGAGUGACCAGCAGACCAAUCAAUCAAACAAUCAAUCAAUCUGUCGACUCUAAGAUGGGCUGAUCUACUGCUAUCUUUCACAGACUAGCAAAGGGCUGUGUUAGCGUCAGCAUGCGAGGAGUGUGAGGAGUUUUUUUAAGGGCUGAUCCAUCAGAUUUAAUUUGUUCGUUGGUUUUAUUUUGAAGUGAAGUGCACACUGACACGAGGAACCGUCACACAGAGAUUAGGACGACUUUAACUCCCCUUUUUAAAGCUAGGUUGCAUCAGAAUUGGACAGGAGCAGAUUCAAUUUGGUUUACUGAUAAGUUAAAAGACAGAUUGGACUAAAUUUGGUGAUGUUCUUUGGCUGUCAAAAUGGGGUUACAGUGCACCCCAACUCCCCCAUUCCGCUGCACACCACCUAACUUUUAUCACUUCACACGCAUCACGCGAGUGGGACAUCACACGCAAAGUAAAGUCAACACUUUAGCCCCCGAUCUCGCCCCACUCUACGCUCCAAUCCCCUUUAUCGCUCGAUAUUCUCUUGUGUCGUUCCGUUCCUUUUGUUUUCCUUGGCAAACUGUGAUGAAGAGAACUACAUUCCCUCGAAGACAGCAGCGGAUGUAACAGGCUCACACUUUGUGCUCCGUCCCCCUUCGAUCUGAGUCCUGUGGAUCUAUGCAGACGACACCCACCGCAAACUUACUUCCGCCUUCCCUCCCAGACCACAGUCACCAAACACCACCAAACCCUUUCUGUUGUAAAUAUGUCCUGAGGAUGUGGAAUCCCAAAAAUGGCCGCCCACCCCGCCCUUCCCCUUUCCUUCUUACCCGUGCCCACCCCCCACUGUUGGAAUCUCACUGUGUUUUCUGUUCGCCUCCUUGGUUUUUGUCUGUUUUUUGAGAUUUUUGCCGCAUUUUCUGUUGUCUAAAGCAGUGGUGUGAGUUGAUGAGUAGGACUAAGUUGGAUGUUAAAAAGAAGAGAUGAUGAGGUCUUUGAGAAAAAUAUACAAAAAAAUGAAGCUUGAAUUGAGAAAAGGGUUCAAAUAUAGAGAAAAAAAUAUGAUAAAGUUGUCAUAUUGUCAUACUAGAGAUGCUUUAGUUUGCUAAUUUACUUUCUUUUUUUUCUACAAAAGACUUGGAUGAAAUUAUUUAUAAAAUGCGUCCCACGAGUCAUGAUCUUUUUUGGACGUAAAACAAAUACAUUUAUUAACAUUUUGUUCAAAAGAAAAUAAAUAUAAAUUAUGUUAAACAUU